UUGAACGGAGAGCGCGGGGAAGGUUUGGCGGUUCGGCUUUGGAAACGCGGGUUAAGUUAUCGACAUGAGUCUCUGGGUGGACAAGUACCGGCCGACGUCCCUCAGCAAACUGGACUACCACAGGGAGCAAGCCAGUCAGCUCCGUAAUCUUGUGCAGUGUGGCGACUUCCCUCAUUUACUGGUGUAUGGACCUUCAGGCUCAGGAAAGAAGACCAGGAUAAUGUGUUUGCUUCGUGAGCUUUAUGGCGCAGGAAUAGAGAAGCUAAGAAUUGAACAUCAAACAAUUACAACACCAUCUAAAAAGAAGCUGGAAAUAAGCACAAUAGCAAGCAAUUAUCACCUUGAAGUGAAUGCAAGUGAUGCUGGGAACAGUGACCGAGUGGUUAUUCAAGAACUAAUUAAAACAGUGGCACAGUCUCAACAACUUGAGACAAGUACACAGAGAGACUUCAAAGUUGUAUUACUAACAGAAGUUGACAGACUAACAAAGGAUGCCCAGCAUGCAUUGAGGAGGACAAUGGAAAAGUACAUGUCCACAUGCAGAUUAAUUCUUUGCUGUAACUCAACAUCAAAAGUUAUUCCUCCUAUUCGUAGCCGAUGUCUUGCAGUCCGUGUCUCUGCACCUAGCAGUGAGGAAAUUUGUCAUGUGCUAAGUGGAGUUUGCAAGAAAGAAGGCCUCAUACUUCCUCAGGAAUUGGCUCGGAAUAUUGCUGAAAAGUCUGAUCGGAACCUGAGGAAAGCAUUGCUUAUGUGUGAAGCUUGCAGGGUCCAACAAUAUCCAUUUUCAGCAGAACAGGACAUUCCUGAGACAGACUGGGAAAUAUAUCUCAGAGAAACUGCUAAUGCCAUUGUCAGCCAGCAAACACCACAAAGGCUGCUGGAAGUCCGUGGACGUUUGUAUGAGCUACUGACCCACUGCAUACCUCCUGAGAUAAUAAUGAAGGGGCUCUUAUUAGAGUUGUUAAACAACUGUGAUGGUUUACUUAAAGGGGAGGUUGCACAGAUGGCUGCUUAUUAUGAACAUCGUCUACAACUUGGCAACAAGGCCAUCUAUCACCUGGAAGCAUUUGUGGCUAAAUUUAUGGCCAUUUAUAAACAAUUCAUGGAAGAUGGUAUGGAAGCCAUGAUAUUCUAAUAAAUAUUCUGUUUAAAGAUGUUCUUCAGCUUUGAAAGAAUGUGAAUAUAACUGGAUGAGUCUUUACAUGCUUUAGAAUCUAAUCUGAUACUUGUGGUACACUUCAGAUUUACUCUGAAUAAACCUCGCCCAGUUUUGCACAAACCCCUUUUGUCCCAAAACAGCAAUACGCAACCUGAUAGGCUGUAAACAAUUGCCUGAAUCCAUAAUAAACAGGAUUAAUAUUAAUGAAAAUCCAUUUGUGUUAACUUUGAGCUCAUUAUUUUCAGCUGAAUGUAAUUCCUUUGCUUUUGGAAUUAGUUUGUAAGAUAAUGGAGGAAAAGAGAACAGAAGCAGAUUGGAAGAGGAAAAGCUGCUGUAUUGUGUUCUGUCUAACUUGGAAAAGUUUAUACUUCAAAAUACACAAAGCAUAUUUCUGAAAUUAAGUAUAACCAUGAUUUUUAAUGGAUAAUUAAUGUAUUUGUAUUCUGUAUGUUAUUGAUGAAUAGAGAAUUGGAUAUUCUUAGUCAAAUUAUUCCAAAGUAUUUUUUAAAAAUCUCAAAAAUAAUUUGCAUCGAGUCACUAGAAAAAAGUUGGUACCAAAGGAAUGGGAAUUUUUUAUUUAAUAUGAAUGGUGAUCUUUUUGCAAAUCCUUAUUUGUUUAUUGGAUUUCAAAAUUCUUCACAAAAGUGAAGAAAAAAAUUGUUGUUCUUUGGAUUGAACACAACUUUAAAUUGGAUUAGUUUGCACUUGGAUUAAACGCUACACUGUUGUACUUCUUUUCCCCUCACCUAUCCUUAACCUUGUCAAGGAAGAAUAUUUUUGAUUAUUAUUAAGAAUACUUUCAUACCUUAAUGUUGCUUUUGGACUGUCUUCAAUCAUAUCUAUAUUAAUGCAAGUUGAUUUUUUUUGUUCCUUGAAUUACCUUGCUGUAGAUGGUGUCUGUGCUUCAGGCCUUUAUUUACCUCAAGGGGCUGACAGAAUCUAAUAUCCAAACUAAGCAUUUUCAUUUGUUUAAUAGCUCUCUGCAAUUAAGAGACUAAUAUAAUCCUGCAGAAUUAUUUGUUUUUCACCAGUAGCAUAUUUAGCUCCAAUCCCAAACUGGCUAAUUGGAUGAGCAGUUGGAACAGUAUUGGUAGCAGCUGGUCUAUAUAGACUUUACUCCUGACAAUCCGUUGUCUGCUGUUCAGCAGCUAAUAUUAGUUUGACAUUAAAAUAACUGUUAUCACUGUGUCACUGAAGGCCAUUUCACAUUCUUUCUGGAUCAGUUCUAAUUUUGCAGUUACCCUGCAAUAAUAGUUUUGGAUACCUGCCUAUUCUCAUAAAAUCCAUAUUUGAAAUUAAGUUCACCCCAUAGUUUCUGAAGUAUUGUUUAAUUAGACAUUCUCAGUGUGAAUAUUUAUAGAUGCUGUUAUUAAAAUCAUUUGUUUUGAUGAUCUUGUGUACGUUCCCACAAGCUUGUCCCUGACAGUUCUCAUUAGUGUACUUUCAUUUAUCUUGAUCUAUUAGUGAAUUCCAAGCACUCUACCGCUAGCAGAACCUUGCAAAAUAUCAUUAUUUAUUAUUCGUAUAUGUUCAUAAGGCUUCCUUAAGGCUGAAUUUCCAUCACUUUCUCAUCUGCUAACACAGUGGAAACUUAUUAUUUCUAAAUCCAAUUUGCUGCCAACAUGAAAGAUUUCUAAUACUAGUGAGCUGACAUCUAAUGAGCUUAGAAAAUGAAUGAGGACAAGAAUAAUUAGAAAUAGAAUGUCUACCAAAGAUCGUGUUUUUUUAAAAAAGAAACAAAUUUUGAAAUGGAAGCUUAUAAUGUACAAAGCUUUAAAGUAUAACAGCUACUCAAGUUUGAAUGCAUAGCAUAAGAAUGAUAUGAAUAGGGAAGGCUUUUUCUUCUGACCUAAAUCUACAACAUAUAAUUUUACUCAAUAGAAAGUGGAGUUUCAUUUAAUUUGUUAUCAUAAUGCUAUUUGCAUUUCAAUCUCCUGUAUAAACUAUUCAAAUUAGCAUCUGAGAAAUAAAAGUAGAAGACAACAUUCUGGAUAGUGCUGGAAGAAGUAGGACAUAGAGGGCUAUGGUAACCCUAGGUAAUUUCUAAGGCAAGGACAUGUUCGGCACAGCUUUGUGGGCCGAAGGGCCUGUAUUGUGCUAUAGGUUUUCUAGGUUUCUAUGUUAUGAGAUCAAACAGCAAAGCAACUAGUUUCUGAAGCUUCGUAGAUGGGGUUAAUGGAUACAAAAGUAGGGAAGUUGCGCUGAAUAAAGCCAUGGUUUAGCCAAGAUUGAAGUAUUGUAUCCAGUUCUGGUACCUAUAAUUUAAGGAUGUGAAGGUCUGUGGAACAAUGGACAUUUACCAAAAUAGUUCAAGGAAUGAGGGAAUAAAGAUACAAGUUAAGUUUGAGAAGUUGGAUUUGUUCUCCUUACAGCAAUGCAGGUUGAGGGGUGAUUUUACAGAGAAGUACAAAAUUUAGGAAGUUUAGAUACAGCAAUCAUAAUGAUAUACAGCAUGGAAGAUAGGCCUCUUGUCCCACCAAAUCAAUGCAAACCAUCAACCAUCCACUUACACUACAUUCGCUUAACAUUUCUAACUUAAAUUUGUAUCUUAAAUUCCUCAUUCCUGGAAUCAUUCGUGUAAUUAUCCUCUGAAGUGUAAUAACCAGAACUAAAUGCAAAAUUCUGGUUUUGGCCUAACCAUAGUUUUAGUUCUUUCCCACAGAUCUUCCCAAUGAUCACUGUUUACAAAUGUAAGUUGGACUGAAAUGAAUUUGCAGGGCGAAGGUAAUGGCAACAGAGAAAAUGACUGACUCAUUUGGUCUAGAAAAAGUUGGCUUAGACUCAAAGGACCAAAUGGUAUUUUAUGAUGCUGUGAUUAUGAGAAGGUGAGGAGAUAUAAGAACGUAAGAAAUAUGACCAGGAGUAGGCCAUCUUGUCCAUCAGGCCCUCUCCACCAUUCAAGAAGAUCAUGUCUGAUCUGCCCAUGGACUCAGUUCCACCUUCUUGCUUUUUCCCCAUAAUCCUGAAUUCCCCUUGCAUGCACUGAGAAGUAGAAAUUCAUUUGAGGUCAAUGUGAUGGCAAGACAAGUUUGUAAAACUUAUUUGCACACAGCAUGUAGACAUUUGUAUGAAUGAAGCAUUUAUUAUCCAUCCCUAAUUGUUCCUUGCUUGCUAAAUUAUUUCAAAGGGAAGUUAACAGCACUGCCAACGAGAGUUACAUUUACACUGGUCUUGAUAAAGAUGGCAGGUUUUCUACAACUAGAUGAUCCAAAAUUAAGGAGGUCUGAAUGAAAAGAGAAAAUGUUGAGAAUAUCCAACAGGUGUGAUUUUUUUUUUAAUUAGAACUGGGAGAAGUUAGGAAUGACAUAAGUUUUGUGCUCAAAGAAUAUAGCAGCAAUGACAAUAAAAGGGAAGGUCUGUAAAAGGGUGUAAAGUAAGACUGAUUGAAUGACAGCUGAAAAAUAGUGGUGAUGCUGUGACAGGAGAGCAUCACGAUAGCAUAGUGGUUAGUGUGACGCUAUUGCAGCUCUGGGCGUCCUCUGUAAGGAGGCCUUGUACGUCCUCCCCAUGGAAUGCGUGGGUUUCCUCCUACAGUCCAAAGAUGUACUGGGUAGGUUAAUUGGUCAUUAUAAAUGGUCCUAUGAUUAGGUUAGGAAGUGAUGAAUUAAAUUGAAACUCGCAGGAGGUUGGGGUAGGAAAGAGAAUUCUGGAAAUGUGAAACACAAGGUGGAAUGGGUGGUUAUCUUAAGUUGAUAUAAAUUUUGAAGGUUGUAAUUACAAAGUCUGUGUAAACUUCACCCAUUUCAAAAGGUUUUUACUCUAUUUUCCCCUCAAAUAUAUUAACACCAAAUGCAACAUCUACUGUAAACUAGCAAAAUUGAGCAUAAUUUUAAUUUAAUUUGUAAAAGCAACUUUGUUUUUAAAUAUAUUCCAUUGUAUAUUUGAGAACAAUAUUUUGUUUUAGUUGAUUAAAGUAGCAGAAUGAGUUGCCCAGAGAAACUGUCUCUGUACCUAAAAGUCACUGAAACUAAUACCACUUGCAUUAGACCCAGUUUAAAAUGACUGAAGAUAACUAUUAACAGACUGAAAAUUGACUUACAAUUAAUAACCUCAAGGAAAUUUAAUACAAAAUUCACUCAAAACAUUGCAAAUGUUAUUCUUUAAAAUUGAAAUAUUGUAGGAGUUUAUACUUGUAAGAUAAUUAAAUUGCACUUUUUAUUCCAAGAUGUCAGGAAACUGGAAAUACCAGGCAACAAUUUGAAUUUGAAGUGCACUUAGAUUUCAGUUUUACUGGUUCAUUUUCCUACAAAUACAAUGUAUAUUCUCUGCAUUUGAAAUGUCAGAUAUUGUACAUUGGUGUACCAGAAUCCAAAAAUAAUUCGAGUCUGGGGGUAUUUUGUGAAUACUACCUGGCCUAUUUACUUUAAUUUAUUGUCGCCAAACUAUUGAUACUAGAGUGUACAAUCAUCAGAGCGAUAUUUGAUUCUGUGCUUCGUGCUCCCUGGAGUACAAAUCGAU